AUGACAACAUCUACAGAGUUGGAGAAGCUCGUGGUGCACCUUCAGCGAACUGUGCAGACCCUUCAAGACCGCGAGGCUAUCCGAACUCUAUUAGACCGCUAUACGGCUCUGCACGACCAAGCCUUCACCGAUCUCGAUGCCCGCCAGAAAUGGGAGGAUCUCUACGCCCAGGACGCUGAAGUUACCUACGCAUUUGGGAGCUAUAGAGGCAAGAAGGGUUUGGGCGAAUGGGCCUGGGGUCCAUCAGUUUCCACUUACCCACAAUGUCACUUGCAAAGUAGCAACUUUGACAUUUCACUCGAUCAAGAUGGCAAUACUGCCGCCGUGAGAUCGAACUGUAUCACCCAUUGGCUGUACGACAGAGAUAAUUUAGCUCAGCAUUUUGAUGCAGGCGGUGUGUAUCACUGGACUAUGGUGAAAGAGGACGGCGUGUGGAAGAUCUGGAAGUUAAAUCUCAAGGUUGCGUGGACACAUGGAUUUGACCUGGCAGGCGUCUCGGGGAGUGAAACGUCGAAAUUACCUACCAGCUGA